AAAGCCUUUGAUAUUGCGAUUUUCGGUCUUCGGAUCGAGCUGACAGGGAGAUAUUCAUAACACGGGAGACGUUGGCGCUUGCACAGGAAGAGGAAUAUAACACAGGGUGUCACAAAUCGAUUUUUUUGGAUUUUGGAUGGAUCUGACUGAAUCGCUGUCCAUUUCCUCAAAUGAAAACUUUAUCGCCCAAUUAGACCAACCGUGAAAAACACUACAGUUUUCUACUACAGUCAGUUAAUGCAACGAGCACAGAAAAAACUCACUAUAAACAUCCCAAAGUCAUUCUGAAACGCUGCAGCCAAUUGAAACCGGGUGCCCGAUAAAUCCCGCCUUGAAUGACUCAAAGUUAAGGCGUCUUAAGCAAGUCCCCCUAGUGGGAGGAGAAACCCGAACACUGCCAGUCAUCCAGAGUGGUUCAGUGCUAGUUAAUCGGGACAUGCGUUACAAGUGCGUGAAAAACUAUCGGAUUUAACUCAAGUGUGACCGCAUCAAUUGUGUUUGCUGUGAAUGGAAAUGUGAUUGAACAGGAUUUAUCGCUGGGUGAGCAUAAGCAAGAUGUUUCACAUUCAGAGCGCGCCGCCCAUUCUGGACCCAAACUGCUACUGCCUGGACCAUUUGGCCGAUUGUUUGCAAAACGCCCAGACCAGCAGCUUUUUGGCUCAGCGGCUCUUCAACCCCUACUAUCCUCAUCUGUUCUUUCCGCUGCCCCUGAAAAUUGCCCAACCCCGCCCUGAAAAACCUCCUUACUCUUAUAUUGCCCUGAUCGCCAUGGCCAUAUCGACCAGUCCGAAACAACGACUUACUUUGUCAGGAAUUUACCGAUUUAUAAUGGAAAACUUCCCAUAUUACCGAGAGAACAAACAAGGUUGGCAGAACUCCAUACGGCACAAUCUCAGCUUGAAUGACUGUUUCGUAAAAGUUGCUAGAGAUAAGAUUCACGGAGCAACAGAAACGGGCGGCAAAGGUUCUUACUGGAUGCUGGAUCCCAAGGCGGCCAACAUGUUCGAGAAGGGAAACUACCGGCGAAGGAAAACCAGACGGCAGCGAUUGAGCGACUGCGACACCUCGAUUUUUCAGGAAGAAGCCCUGGCGCUCGUUAAGCACUGCCCAAAUGCCAUGGCCGAGUCGAUGAAGAAACUGAAAAACUCUAGUCUGUUCACCAUAGAAAAUUUAAUCAAAAGUGAUAACAAAAACGCCGAUAUUAGUGACCAUGAACCGUCAAUACACAACGAAAUGGACAGUUAAUGGCCGUUUGAGCAAAAAUCUACGCAAAUUUUGCUAUAAGCUAGGGCUGUUUGUUUAGAUAUUAAAGGUAUUAUGUCAGAAGUG